CAAUCUUCGAUAACCCGCUGCUGUCACAAGCCAUCCCUGUGAUCUCUACCCGACCUCGACAGAAGUUGCGCCCAAAUCUCAGGCCGCCCGCCUAGCAACCUCGCAGCAAUUAAACAAUGGAUUACGCAGACCCUGUUCCGCAGCCGUCUUCGUCGCAAGAUGCCUCGUUGGAGGACGCGAGCAUGCACACCGUUACUGCCUCAUCUGUAAACGCUCUCCCCCAUAUCCACAACCACAACAUCUCCGACUCCGCCGACUCUGCCCGCCGUCCACAAACUUCCUAUUCCGACACUGGUUUCGCUUCGAACUAUCAAUCUCAAGACAACAACAAUCCCGACGCCCAACAGCAAGAAGACCAGAUGCCGCAAUACCCCUCCAGACCGAGCUCUCGUCUGAACCGUCAAAACAGCGACUACAGCGACCAAAAUGCCCAACGACAACAGGCCCAGAAGAAUGCUAGCGUUGUCAUCAAGGUCGGAAUGGUUGGAGAUGCUCAGAUUGGCAAGACUUCCUUGAUGGUCAAGUACGUCGAGGGAAGCUGGGACGAGGACUACAUUCAGACUCUAGGUGUCAAUUUCAUGGAAAAGACGAUUAGCAUCCGCAACACAGAAAUCACAUUUUCCAUCUGGGACUUGGGUGGUCAGCGCGAAUUUGUCAACAUGCUCCCUCUUGUCUGCAACGACGCAGUCGCGAUUCUCUUCAUGUUCGACUUGACCCGCAAAAGCACACUCAACUCAAUCAAAGAGUGGUACCGCCAAGGCAGAGGGUUCAACAAAACUGCCAUUCCGUUCCUGGUUGGCACGAAAUACGACCAUUUUGUCAACUUCCCGCGCGAGGAGCAAGAAGAGAUCAGCAUGCAGGCUAAGCGCUUCGCCAAAGCAAUGAAGGCAAGUUUGAUCUUCAGCAGCACAAGUCACAGCAUCAACGUUCAAAAGAUCUUCAAGAUUGUGCUAUCAAAAGCCUUUGACUUGCGUUGCACGAUUCCUGAGAUUGAACAUGUAGGAGAGCCUCUGCUUCUCUAUCAACACGUGGGCUAGAUCCUCCGAUCAACUCGACCAAUUCGCAUAAACCAAUCCAAACACCGUGUACCCCGCAAACAAAACACACCACAUGUCUCACAGACGAGAACAUCACAUCGACCUUUCUCUUCUUCUCGCGUUUCCUAAUCACUUUUUCGGCUGGGCUUUGAGAGAGAGGAAUUACACACAGAAUAUUUGCAUAGGAUCGGAGAAACAGGGGGUGACUUUCUGGGCCAAUGGGGCGGAUUUGAAGAGUGUUCUUCGUCUGUUUUUUUGUUUAUUCUAUUGCAUGCUCG